UCUGUUGGAUCACUGUUACAGUCCUGGAGGACAUCUUCAAAACAUCCCAGAUAGGAGAAGAGACGCCCAAGACCGUGACUCAGAUGUACAGCCACUUCCUGAGGGUUCAGUCCAUACAGGGGGACAGGAAGUAUCGUCGGUUAGCUGAAACAGAUACACACUGGACUCCACAGAGCAGGGAGAUCAUUGUUUCUCUGGGAAAACUGGCUUUUAACCAGCUGGAGAAAGGCAACCUGAUCUUCUACGAGGCAGACCUGGUAGAGUGUGACAUUGAUAUCAGAGCAGCCUCAGUGUACUCAGGAGUGUUCACCCAGAUCUUUAAAGAGGAGUGUGGGCUGUACCAGGACAAGGUGUUCUGCUUUGUCCAUCUGAGCCUCCAGGAGUUUCUGGCUGCUCUUUAUGUCUUUUGGUCCUUCAUCCACAAUGGUGUCAAUCUGCUCUCAGAAGAACCACCAACCUCCAGUGAAGAUGAACUCCUCCUCUACCAGAGUGCUGUGGACAAGGCCUUACAGAGUGAGAACGGACACCUGGACUUGUUCCUCCGCUUCCUCCUGGGCCUCUCUCUGGAGACCAAUCAGAUUCUCCUACGAGGUCUGCUGGGACAGACAAGAAGUAGCUCACAGACCAACAAGGAAACAGUGUCUUACAUCAAGCAUAAGUUAGACGGUAAUCUCUCUCCAGAGAGAAGCAUCAAUCUGUUUCACUGUCUGAAUGAGCUGAACGACCGUUCUCUAGUGGAGGAGAUCCAACAGUCCCUGACAUCAGGAAGUCUCUUCGAAACGCAUGUCUCUCCUGCUCAGUGGUCAGCUCUGGUCUUCAUCUUACUGACAUCAGAAGAGGAACUGGACAUGUUUGACCUGAAGAAAUACAAAGCUUCAGAGAAGGGUCUUCUGAUGCUGCUGCCAGUGAUCAAAGCCUCCAAAAGAUCACUGCUGAAUGGCUGUAAUCUGACAGAGAGAUGCUGUGAAGCUCUGGCCUCAGUUCUCAGCUCCAACUCCUGUAGUCUGAGAGAGCUGGACGUGAGUUCCAACGAUCUGCAGGAUUCAGGAGUGAAGCUGCUCUCUGCUGGACUGGGGAUUCCACACUGUAGACUGGAAACUCUCAAGCUGAAUGGCUGUCAUCUGUCAGAGAGAUGCUGUGAAGCUCUGGCCUCAGUUCUCAGCUCCAACUCCUCUAGCCUGAGAGAGCUGGACCUGAGAGGACCUCCUCCCGGGGGUGAGGGUAGUGGUGUGGGGGGGCAGCGUCUCUGUGAUCCCUCAGGGAGCAUCCGCGGGUGUCUCUCCUCCCCAGUGGUGUGCCAUGCUCCAGGCUUCUACCCUGACAGGGUGGUGGUGUUCUGGAGGAGAGACGGCCAGGAGCUCCAUGAGCAGGUGGACCCCGGGGAGGUCCUCCCCAACCACGACGGGACCUUCCAGGUCAGCGGGGACCUGGACCUCACGGCCGUCCCACAGGAGGACUGGGGGAGGUACGAGUGUGUGGUCCAGCUGAAAGGCAUCGAGGACAUCUCCACC